ACCAUCGUGGUUGGUUUCUUCGGGCCGACGUGGCCGCUGUGGUCGUGGCGGUGGGAAGCCAGCCCGGCGAGGUGGCAUAUUCGUGGCCAUGUGGCGUCUGCUGGCCCGCACCGCCGCGCCGCUCCUGCGAGGUCCCCUCUCAGAUUCCUGGGCCACCGCCCCCACCUGUGCAGGUCUCAAGACUCUACUCCCCGUGCCGACUUUUGAGGAUGUUUCCAUUCCUGAAAGACCCAAACUUAAAUUUGUCGAAAGAGUACCACUUGUACCAAAAGUGAGAAGAGAACCUAAAAACUUGAAAGACAUACGGGGACCUUCUACUGAAGCUACUGAGUUCACAGAAGGCAAAUUUGCAAUCUUGGCACUGGGCGGUGGCUAUCUCCAUUGGGGCCAUUUUGAAAUGAUGCGCCUGACAAUCAACCGUGGUAUGGACGCCAAGAACAUGUUUGCCCUCUGGCGAGUGCCAGCACCUUUCAAGCCCAUCACUCGCAAGGGGGUGGGGCAGCGCAUGGGAGGAGGGAAAGGUGCCAUUGAUCACUACGUGACACCCGUGAAGGCUGGUCGCCUCAUAGUCGAGAUGGGUGGGCGCUGUGAAUUCGAGGAGGUGAAGAAUCUACUCAACCAGGUCGCACACAAGUUGCCCUUCCCUGCAAAGGCCGUGAGCCGGGAGACCCUGGAGAAGAUGCGAAAACAGCAAGAAGAGCGAGAACGGAACAACCAGAACCCCUGGACCUUUGAGCGCAUAGCCACUGCCAACAUGCUGGGUAUCCGCAAAGUACUGAGCCCAUAUGACUUGACCCAGAAGGGGCGAUACUGGGGCAAGUUCUACCUGCCUGAACGUGUAUAAUGAGGAUGUGGAAACAAGUAUGCAGUAGACUGUUGAGAAAGCCGGACUCUAUCCCUCACCCCCCCAGUCUAAUUUUCAAGUGUCGGGGACCUCUGAGUGUGCACAGUCAAGUAGCAGCAUACAAAUAGAUCACCUUGGGAAG